UUACUUGUCUGUGGAAAGAAAAUUUGCAGUUCAAAAUCCAACCACCACCACACCUUUUGACUCGUUGGCAACCACUCACUGAUUCUAAUUUCUAUCUAUACACGCAAGGGUAGCUCUCUGUUUUUCACUGAUUCAUAUCGAAAUUAAUUAGCUUCAUUUGCGAGGAAAGAGAUGGAACCAAUAUCAACUGGAUCUGAUGCUGAUGGGAGAAUCAAGUGUUUGCUAGAUUUAGUUGAAUGGUACAAGAACAACUUCAAUCCUGAAAAUGGUGGAAUUCUCGAUGAAACCAUAACAUACCUUCAAACUCUUCAACGACAAGAACAGGAACUGAAAUGUUUACUACAACCGGAAGGAGCAGAUCUACAACGUGGGCAGGUGAUUGAAUCUUUAGCACCGCAGGGAGACGCAUUUGAAUCUAAUCCCCAUGUCAAUGAACAAGAAAUAACUCAAUUAAGAGAACAAAAUAUCAACUUUAAACCUGUUCCAAAUCAAGGGAUUAAUAUGGGGGUGAACAAAAAGCGAAAAUUGAGGUCAGAUGUUUGGAAUGACUUUAUAAGGUAUGAAAAUGAAGAUAAAGAGAUUAAGGCUCGAUGUCAACACUGUAUGAAAGAUUUUAAUGGGUCAAGUAAGAGUGGAACUACACACCUCAGAAAUCAUCUAAGAAGUUGUUUAAAAAAUCAAAAUAGAGUAACAGAUAAAAUGAAAAUGUUGAGUGUGAUUGAUCAAGAAUUGCUUGGCUCUAAUUUUGUGCAAAAAAUCAUUGAACGAUUGGACAACAUAGAAGAUGAUAUAUUUGAGAUUUAUACAGAAGAACAAAAGAAAUUGCAGAGAUAUUUAGAUAAACUUCCUGGUCGUUUUAAUGUAAUAAUUGAAGAGUCGGUAGACUUUGGUGUUGAGGUUGUGAUAAUUUGGUUUAUUGAUGAUAAAUGGAAAUUGAAAACGAGGAUUAUUCAUUUGAGGAAUUAUGAAGAAACCUUAAAUGAAGACUCUCUAAAGUGUUUGAUUCAAGAUUGGAACAUAGAUAAAAGAAUUUUGUCUAUGGAUGAUUACAGGGAGGAUCCAUCAGAAGAUAUGGUACCUCAGCUUACCAAUUGGCUUAAUGAAAGAGUUUCACUUCCUGUCAUCGGGAAUUAUGAGAGACAUCGUCAUUUAUUAUUUGAUUUUGAAUCGAAAGUAGAUAAUGUGGCGCGGGAAAGUGAUAUUAUGUCGGAACUGAGGAAACUCAGAGGCUACAGCAUGACAUCAUCAAACAAAGAUAAGUUUGACUUAGCGGUAAAACAAGUUGAGUCCAUGGGUAAAAAAGUGACUUCCAAAUAUGGUGAUGUUUAUUUUCUUUUCGAUUUCAAAUUGCUUGAUUGGGCAAUGGGAUAUAAAGAAGUAUUUUGUGAACUGAAGCGCACAGAUCCUGAUUUCACGUCUUCCAAUUUUGAUUGGGAUGACGCUACUUCACUGCACAGUUUUUGGGUAGUGCUUGAAGACAUAGAAAAUGAUAUUAAGAAACUGGGAGAUGAUUCUAAGUUGGCAAAUGAGUGUUUCCCUAUGGUUUAUCGCUUAUUUUCAAAAAUGCUACAGUUCAAAAAUACUGACAGUCAGUACUUUUGCCUUGCUGCAUUAUAUUGCAGAGAAAUUUUUGAUGAAUAUUGCAACAACUCUAAGUUGGUAAUUGUAAUCACAGUGAUUCUGGAUCCAAGAUUUAAACGAGAUAUUGUAGAGAAAUUCUACAAUGAAGUUUAUGAUAAUGAGGGAGACUUACACUUGAAGAAAAUCAUGGAUGAUGUUACAAAUAUUUACAAUGAAUAUGCAAGGGAUGUCAACAAUUCUUCCAUGGUCAUAGCAUAUGCAAAUGAGGCUGCUUCAUCAAAAUCAGAAUUCGAGUGCUAUUUGACAGAUUCCAAGGUUUCUCCCCGUGAAGACUUUGAUAUAUUGGAAUGGUGGCACUGCAAUUCUCUAACUUACCCAACUCUAGCUAUGAUAGCUCGGGAUUUCUUAUCCAUUCCUAUUGUUGGUGGUAUUCAUGGUGUUCGUUUUGAGGAUGGCUUUGCUGAUAUUUAUAAUAGUGAUUUGGCUGAUGACUAUAAAGAUACUUUGGCAUGUACAAAAGUUUGGUUGAAUGACCGUGAUUGUAUGUAAUGAACUUGUUGAAAUAAAAAUAUAUGUUUUAUUUUUGCCA